AUGUCCUCUAUCAACGCCGCAGUUGAGACUGCUAUAUUAGCGACAUAUACAGCACAGUUGAGGUCGGUAACUGCCAUUUCAGCAGCGUUAAUAGCACGGCUAAGAUCGUCUAUCAAACUAGCCUGCCUACACAACUUAAUCUUGCAUGAGCUGAGGAGGGGACAUAUGGCAAACGACUCGACAAGGGAGCGAGAUCCAAACAAGAGCUCUGGGCUGACUAUAUACUUGAAUAGUGCAGUGCAUGGGUAUGAUAUCGCCGUUAACAAUACUGUUAAGGUUGUCUAUCAACCCGGCCCGCCUAAUCGCUUGCUGAGAUCUUCUAAGAUUCUUCAACACUCGCUGCCUCUACUGAAGUUGUAUGCUAUGCACGACUUCCGUGCCGGCGACGUGAACAGCACGGCUGAGAACGUUAAUCAACCUAGUCCAUUUGAAUUGCAUGCCGAGACGACUUCCAAAGUUCCUCAAGCGGCCGGCUCGAUUAGAGUGGCAUUGAAGAGAAGCACCGGCUACCACUCCGGUAUAGGUCCAGAGAUAGCUCCCAAGGCUGCUCAAGCGGUUAGCUCGAUCAGGGUGGUCUUUAGGAGUAGCAUCGACUGCCAUGUCAGCAACGUCGAUGGCACGGUUAAUAAGCAGAAAAUCCCUCAAACCCAUUAA